CUAUAUUAGUCCAAUUACAGUUUUUUCCAGAAGAUUCGGUAUCUUGUUGUCUGCCGUGCCUGGUAGAAAACAAGAUCCUAUUUUAUCAGGAUUGUCGAUUCCAGGUCAACCAUUGUGCAUGCCGCAUGGGAAUUGCAACCUCACCUUCAUUAUCAAUUAUUGAGGAAAAUAUAUGAAAAAUUCACAACUCCACACAAAUAAAACCACGCUUGGUGAGAUAUGAAGGUCAUAUAACAGCACCAAUAUUCUUCCUAUCUUUUUCAUCGGUGUCUACAUUGCCCGGAUAAUAUUUGGUUAAUUAUAUUAGAGGAGUAUUUUUGUAUUUUCACUUUUUAAGGGACAAAAAUACCCCUUUAAUAUAACUAACUGAAUAUUAUCCAGUUCAUUUCCAGUUCAAAUGAGCUGGAGAUGAUCCUAAUUCCUUUGGGUAUUGGAAGAGAAUACAAGGGAAAAACAAAAACAUGGGUUCUGUGGGAGAAUCGCAGAGAAUACAAGGGAAAAACAAUAACAUGGUUUCUGUGGGAGAAUCGCAGAGAACACAAGAGAAAAACAAUAACACGGUUUCUGUGGGAGAAUGGGGUGAUAAUGUCCAACCAAGAAACUAUUGGAGAUGUAGCAAACAAGAUUUCUUCCCAGAAGAAUCCUUCCAAAACUGGGGCACAUAUCGAUUUGCGCUAUCACAAAUAGGGCUUCGGUUCAAAGAUCGUCUCCUACGCAGAUCAAAUGAUGCCGACGAGAUUGGAGAACUUCGUAAACAGAGCGAGAACGAUAUGAAACGAUGCCUGACAUGGUGGGAUCUCACCUGGUUUGGAUUUGGCGCAGUCAUUGGUGCUGGUAUCUUUGUGCUGACGGGGCAAGAAGCGCAUGAUCAUGCUGGACCAGCCAUUGUCUUGUCCUAUGCUGCUUCCGGUGUAUCAGCAAUGCUCUCUGUCUUCUGCUACACAGAAUUUGCAAUAGAAGUACCAGUUGCAGGAGGGUCAUUUGCUUACUUAAGAAUUGAAUUAGGCGACUUUGCAGCUUUUAUAGCAGCUGCAAACAUACUUCUUGAGAUGGUUGUUGGAAUUGCAGCAGUUGCCAGAGCAUGGACUUCUUACUUUACAAAUCUACUGAACCGCCAACAAAACUCAUUACGCAUCCACACGAACCUUGCCGAAGGGUUUAAUUUUCUGGACCCAAUAGCCGUCACAGUCCUGGCAAUUGCUGCUGCAAUUGGAAUGAUAAGCACAAAGAAAACAUCAUACAUAAACUGGAUAGCAUCUGCAAUUAACACGAUAGUAAUUUUAUUUGUGAUAAUUGUAGGAUUUGCUCACGCUGACACAUCAAAUUUGAAACCGUUUAUGCCUUAUGGAACUAAAGGAAUCUUUCAGGCUGCCUCUAUUGUCUACUUUGCUUAUGGUGGAUUUGAUAACGUUGCCACCAUGGCUGAAGAAACCAAAAACCCAUCAAGAGACAUACCAUUAGGAUUGCUUGGAUCAAUGUCCAUCACCACUGUGAUAUAUUGCUUAAUGGCACUUUCACUGGCCAUGAUGCAGAAGUAUACAGAAAUAGAUAGGGAUGCACCAUAUUCUGUAGCAUUUCAGAGUGUGGGCAUGAAAUGGGCAAAGUACCUGGUAGCUCUUGGUGCCCUGAAGGGAAUGACCACUGUUCUUCUGGUAGGAUCACUAGGACAGGCACGAUAUACUACUCAUAUUGCACGAGCCCACAUGAUUCCACCAUGGUUUGCUCUUGUCCAUCCAAAGACAGGAACCCCCAUAAAUGCUACACUAUUGAUUACCAUUUCAGGUGCCUGUAUUGCUUUCUUCUCAAGCUUGGAUGUCUUGGCAGGGCUGUUAUCAGUGAGUACACUCUUUGUCUUUAUGAUGAUAGCUGUCGCACUUCUUGUGAGGAGAUACUAUGUUACAGAAGUCACCCCGCAAAUUCACCUUCUGAAAUUAGUUAUCUUCUUGCUGAUCAUCAUUGCCUCCUCAAUGGCAACUGCAGCUUUCUGGGGACUAAAUCCUGAUGGUUGGCUUGGAUACACUAUCACGGUUCCUCUUUGGUUCUUGGGGACUGCAGGAAUUGCAAUGUUUCUGCCUCAACAGAGGAUGCCAAAAGUUUGGGGGGUUCCACUUGUCCCUUGGCUUCCAUCCUUGUCAAUUGCAACAAAUAUAUUUCUCAUGGGAUCUUUGGGUUCUCAGUCAUUUGUUAGAUUUGGAAUCUGCACCAUUGUAAUGCUAAUAUACUAUGUAUUCUUUGGUCUCCAUGCAACUUAUGAUAUGGCUAACCAGCAAGAAAAGAUGAAAUCCCUGAAUGAUGAUGACAAACCAGGGCCUUGAAAUUACUGUAAUUCUUUACCCUUCAGUCUGCCACGCCUUAAUAAAAUUUCCUUCUCACUUGUGUUUCAUAUUAGGAUGCUCGAAGUGCCUGAAAAUAGUGAUAGGAAGUCCAGAAAGAAAUAUUCUCAAUGUAAAAAUGUAUAAACAUAGUAUAUCUACAGACUACAUGGCACUGUACUGAAAGGAAGACACAUUACUAAUUUAAUAUUUAAAUGAAUGAAGUUAAUUCUAGACAUGAAUAUGGUGGUUUACUGAUCAAAUAAAGUUAAUAAUAGAGAGAGUGAAUAACCAAAUAUCUACGCAGAAAAAUCUGCUAUGACCUACUCCACCAGAUUUUUAGCAUCCUCGCAACAUCUAGGACUUAGCAGACAAGCCAAGAUGAGAAUCCUAUGGAUACUUAUUGUUGCCCCCAUUUCAGCAUAAUGGCCUGAAACAAUGUUUGGUCCAGUACUAUAACUUCAACUAUUUGUGCUAGGUCAGAUGGAGAUCUCGAACUACAGGGAAAUGGCGGACAAGAAAACAACCUGUGGAUAAGACCCUACCCUAGAACAAACAGCUGAUGGAACUUCAUAAUAUAUUUUAAAGAAACUCAACACUAGUAGAGAGAUGCAUGCUGAUUAGAAUUGCAUGGAGGAUACUUAUCAAGGGUCUGAUGUGAAAAUGUAUUUAUCAAAUGAAGCCCUUUGGCAAACCCAAUUGAUCUGUUACUCUCAUAAAUCCUGAAAUUAGAAAUCACAAGUAACACCAUUGCCUGAUCAAUACGGGAAGUAACAAAUUAAAAGAAAAAGGUAUCAUAUCCUUUUUUUCUGUACUUCGAUACAGAGCUUUCUCCCUAACAAUCAAAAGAGGCAUUUAAGCUAGAAUCUUGUAACAGAUAACCAUUAAAGUUGCAAGAGCAAUCAAAAUUAUCCAUUACGCAUUAGCUACUAAUUCUGGUUUGUUUAAUUAAAAGACCAAUAAAAACCAACAUAACCAAGCAAGCAAAGGAGCAGACCAACUGUCAAAAGAAACUCUGAAAUUU